CGGGGAUUGGCGGGAUGCGGCGCGCGGCGCGUGAUCCUCCUGGACCUAAGCACAAUUGUCUGUUGGACAGAGCAAGCCAGGAGUGCAGCCAUGUUUUCUGAGCAGGCUGCCCAGAGGGCCCACACCCUGCUCUGCCCACCCUCAGCUAACAAUGCCACCUUUGCCCGGGUGCCUGUAGCAACUUAUACCAACUCCUCACAACCCUUUCGGCUUGGAGAACGAAGUUUUAGCCGGCAAUAUGCCCACAUUUAUGCCACUCGCCUCAUCCAGAUGAGACCAUUCCUCGUGAGCCGGGCCCAGCAGCACUGGGGCAGUGGAGUUGGAGUGAAGAAGCUGUGCGAGCUGCAGCCAGGAGAGAAGUGCUGUGUGGUAGGCACCCUGUUCAAGGCCAUGCCACUCCAGCCCUCCAUCUUGCGGGAGAUCAGCGAGGAGCACAACCUGCUACCCCAGCCUCCUCGCAGCAAAUAUAUCCACCCCGAUGACGAGCUGGUCUUGGAGGAUGAACUGCAGCGUAUCAAACUGAAAGGCACCAUUGACAUUUCAAAGGUGGUCACAGGAGUAGUCCUGGCCGUGUUGGGCUCUGUGAAAGAUGAUGGGAAGUUUGAGGUGGAGGACCAUUGCUUUGCUGAUCUUGCUCCACAGUUGCCUGCACUCCCACUUGACACAGACAGGUUUGUGCUGCUGGUGUCCGGGCUGGGCCUAGGCGGAGGUGGUGGUGAGAGCCUGCUGGGCACCCAGUUGAUGGUUGACGUGGUGACAGGGCAGCUUGGGGACGAAGGGGAGCAGUGCAGUGCUGCCCAUGUCUCCCGGGUCAUCCUCGCUGGCAACCUCCUCAGCCACAGCACCCAGAGCAGAGAUUCUAUCAACAAGGCCAAAUACCUCACCAAGAAAACCCAGGCAGCCAGCGUGGAGGCAGUCAAAAUGCUAGAUGAGAUCCUCCUGCAGCUGAGCGCCUCCGUGCCCGUGGAUGUGAUGCCAGGGGAAUUUGAUCCGACCAACUACACACUCCCCCAGCAGCCCCUGCACCCUUGCAUGCUCCCACUGGCCACUGCCUACUCCACCCUCCAGCUGGUCACCAACCCCUACCAGGCGACCAUCGACGGAGUCAGGUUCCUGGGGACAUCAGGACAGAACGUGAGUGACAUUUACCGAUACAGCAGCAUGGAGGACCAUUUGGAGAUCCUAGAGUGGACCUUGAGGGUCCGACACAUUAGCCCCACAGCACCUGACACCCUAGGCUGUUAUCCCUUCUACAAAACUGACCCCUUCAUCUUUGCUGAGUGCCCUCAUGUCUACUUCUGUGGCAACACUCCCAGAUUUGGCUCCAAAAUUGUCCAGGGCCCUGAGGACCAGAUGGUGCUGCUGGUAGCUGUUCCUGACUUCAGCACCACACAGACUGCCUGCCUGGUGAACCUGCGCAGCCUGGACUGCCAGCCCAUCAGCUUUGCUGGCUUUGGAGCAGAGGAUGACGACCUAGGAGACUUGGGGUUGGGCCCCUAACUUGGGCAACUGGACUAGGCAUCUGCUCUUCAAAUAUGAGCCUUGUAAAUAAAGCAUGAAUGUUUGCUAGGCUGA